GUGACUCGGAAAUGGCGCAGUAAUUCGCGAAAUUGUCAAAAAAAAUUUUGGCUUCCCAUUCAAAUUUUUCAAAAAUCAAUAUUGUCAAACUGUUUUCCCAGUUUUACUGCCAAUAUGCCGUCCGAUGCCGCUAAAAAACGGCAGGCUAAGAAGAAAUCACAAGCACAAGCCAGGGGGAAGCCUAAAAAUACGAACAACGAGAAACAAACGGCUACAAACGGCACAGAUAUUGUUACGAAUGGUGCUACAAAUGGCGAAUCUAUAGCAUCGUGUACCGGCGUUUUGGCUUCACAUCCGGAAUCUAGAGAUGUUCAUGUCGAAAAUUUCUCUAUAACUUUUCACGGAGUUGAACUUUUGACUGAUACACGUUUAGAGUUAAACUGUGGGAGACGAUAUGGAUUACUUGGCUUGAACGGUUGCGGUAACUAUUUUUUAUAUUGUAUUUUAUAAUAUGAACUUUCACAUUAUUAAUUUUAUUUUUAUGUACUGUGUAAUAAAAAUAAUAGAGAUUCCUAUAUUUAACAACCACGUCCAGUACACAAUUUUACAACAUAAUAGUAACAUAAAUCCUAAUAGAGAAGAUGAUAAUAGAGAUGAUGAAUGUAUAAAAUAAACAUUUUAACAUUUUAAUAAAAAUAUAGUACAAAGCAUCGUCAUCAUUCUUUAAAUACAUAGACAAAAAUUAAAUGAAAAAUGAACGUGUAAAGCCUAGUUCUCAUUCAUCGCAAACUGUCACCGAUGAUCGGCGACGCUUAUCACCGAUCGCGAAUGCACGAAAGUUCUCAUACAUUGGUGAUUGUCGCAGAUGACAGCCGAUGUGUUUCGAAAUUUCACUGAUAUUCAAGAUGGCUUAUUGUUUGUCCUGACCUGUGCAAGAACUUUUAAAAAAGCUAGGGUCAGGUGCGCGAUAGCCAACAGCAAAAUAUUCGCGAAAACAUUCUGAAUGAAUAUUUUCAUUCGAGGCUGCUAUCUUUAUCAGUGAUACCACUAUAACCACAAUGCAAAGCGCUAUGAAAACUUAAUAAGGGGAAUUCUCAAUUAUUAACCACUAGGAAAUUUUACACAUACCGUACCUGCAAGUUAAUCACUGAAUACAUAGGCUAUCAAAACACGCCAUAAAAGGACAGAAGAACUCGGCAUUUCAUAAGAAUAUAUAUCAUCAAAUAGUUGCGGUACUUGAUAGAGGGUGUUGAUGGGGUAUAUCGUGAGUUGUGAUUCACUCAAUUUCGGUUACCGUCAGUUGUGAAAACACUAAAAAUUUAGCGUGAAUCGUGAGGAAAAAAAUACUGUUUAACGUUUCAGAACACUUUUCAAAGAUUUACUGUUAAAAUACCAAAAUGUUACUUAUUGUUACUGUUAAAAUACCAAAAUUGUUACUGUUUACUGAUUUUCAGACCCCCCUCUAGACCCUCUUGAUAGACAGUAGUUGAGUUGCUCACCACCUGAUCACAAGUUACAUGGAACUGAAUACUCCAUGUAAGACAAAGGUGUAAACCACACAACUAUGAUUUGCUUGAAAUGUAUUCAAAUUUAUGUGCUUUAUCAACUAGCACAUUGAAAGAAUGGUAAAAAUACAGUCUGGUAGUUAGGCUGCUGUGGCUAUAACCCAUUAUGUUGCAUUGCACCUUAAUACACCCCACUUUAUUAUUUUACUUUGGGUAGUGAGUGUCUAAUGUUAGAUAAUUUUACUCGUCAUGGGGAGAGCGCUGGUGCUAAAAUGGGUUAAGUGAACUAAAACCCUUAUUAUCAUUGUAAUAUUUCAGGCAAGUCAACGUUAAUGAAUGUCAUAGCAAAUCGAGAAAUUCCUGUGCCAACACAUAUUGAUAUAUUUCAUUUAUCCAAUGAAAUGCCUUCCAGUGACAAAACUGCAUUGGAAUGUGUUGUUGAAGUUAAUGAGGAAAGAGCUCGUCUUGAACAUGAAGCUGAAAUGUUAACAAGUGAGGGAGACCAAGGCAGUGAAAGGUAUUAAAAAUUCAAUUUUAAUUAUGGGAACCCUGGGGUUAUGAUGUAUACAGUAUGAAGUUAUGAAGCUAAAGACAAUCUGGUUGCUUACUGUUCUCUUGUAUUAACCCUUUGGCAGAUGAUUUUUUGUCAAGGGGAGAGUGAAUGGGUUAACUUUAGUUAGUAAUAUUUUUCUCUAGAUUGAUGUAUGUUUAUGAACGUCUUGAAGAACUUGAUGUUGACAAAGCUGUAGCUCACGCCGCUCGGAUUCUUCAUGGUCUUGGUUUUACUGCGACAAUGCAAAGAACAAAGACGAAAGAUUUCUCUGGUGGCUGGAGAAUGAGAAUAGCACUUGCCCGAGCUCUUUUUGUUAGACCUACUUUACUACUACUAGAUGAACCUACCAAUCAUUUAGAUUUAGAUGCUUGUGUAUGGCUUGAAGAAGAGCUAAAACAGUGAGUGUAGUGUUGGCUUUCAGAAAUUACCAUUAUGAGGCACACAUAUUUAUAUGAAGGGAAUAAACAUUUUUCCCAUUCUGAUAAAUUAAGGCGAGAAUUUUUUUAUUCACUAAUUCGUUGGUUUACGGAUCCGCUGACCGUAAAUAUUCAGAAAGUGAAAAAUAAAAAAAAAAAUUUUGAUGUCAACAAUUUUACGAUUUUAGUUAAGAACCCCAAAUUAACUUUAAUUAAUCUCUGGAUUUUUUAAAAUUGACCAUUAAACAAUUUUGUUAAAAAUCCAGGGUUCGUCCGCUCGUAUUUGAACCCUAUUGAGCUGCAUAUUUGAUGUCAUGCAGAUUUCGUUUUUACAACAGGACGUAUAAGGCUAUCCCACCCGAAAUUGGCGCGAAAACCACCUAAAUUAUAAUGACGUGGAAAAGUGGGAAUAUCGGGAUUUUUUAGGGAAUCCGGGAUAUUUUGGGAGCUUACUUGGGAUUUUUACAAAUUGACAGUGCUGGUUGUGAUAAUAAAUGUGGAGAUUAGCCAUGUUUUUUCAAGUAGAAGUUAAAUGUUUAGAAGAUAAAAACAUCGAUUUCAAAUAUACUCAGUGUUUUUUUUAAUGUUUUUUUUCUGACCUACCGACCUGUUGUUUUUUUAAGUCAAAUCCGUAAACCAAUAAAUAAAAAAGUCUUGCCUAACAUUAACCAGUUGAUUGCCAUCUGAUCAAUGCACAUGAAUAUAUAUUAUACUGUACAUGGUUUAUGUACUGUGAAAGCAUUUCUUUUUAGAUAUAAAAGAAUGUUGGUAAUAGUGUCUCAUUCUCAAGAUUUUCUAAAUGGUGUUUGUACAAAUAUUAUACAUAUGCAAGAAAAAGGUCUUAAGUAUUAUGGGGUAUGUAUGUCUUGAUUAGCAGGAAUAGUUAUUUAUAGGGGUUAUUACCCAUUGAGUUGCAUUGCACGUACAUUUAUCAUAGAAAUAAUGGAUAGAAUUUAAAGAAUAGAUAUAUUCAACUUUGUUGAAAAAACAAUUCGCACUCCCCGCAACCAUGUGAAAUUCCCUGCCACAGGAGUCUGGGGCGAGUCAAAAUUUCCUUUGAAAUCUGCCAUUUUGUGGACAAAUUUUGACUGAAAAAAGAUAGGAGCACACAUUCUACCUAUUAUUUCAAUGGCCCUCAUGCACCCUACUUUAUUAUUUUAUUUUGUCUGGCACCAGACAAAUUUUUUCAUCAAGAGGAGUAGUGAUUGACCGAUAAUCGGGCCGAUUUUUGCCUUAUUGGUAAUUGAAAUCGGUAGAAUUACGUAGCUAUAUUUCUGAUUGUCUACAGUAUGUGAAACUGAUUGUUGAGAAAAUACCCACUUUAAAAAUUAUAUGCAUUGCACAUUAAUACAUGUUGUGUUUUAAUGCAAUAUGUUAAAUUAAUGCAUGAAGCGUGCCAUUUAUUAACAGUUUUAACAAUCUUUGGUUGCAGUAACAUGUUAAAUUUGGAAAUUAUUGUUAAAAUAUCGACAUGAAUGAUCUGGCAGAUUAUGGCAUGAAUAAUUGGUAAUUUCUGAUUGUUGCACAAUCGGUCAAUCACUAAAGAGGAGAACCUUCAGGCACUCAAUGAGUUAAUCAGACUAUCUGUCCAUACAGUAUAUACAGUAUGCCCAGUACUCUAAUUAAUCAAUUGAAUUGAUUUGCAUGCACCCUACUUUAUUAUAAUAAUUUUACUCUGUCUAAUGCCAGAUGAUUAUACUCAUCAAGGGGAGAAUGCUGGCACUGAAUGGGUAAAUCUUAGUGUGAACUGGGUUUUUUCUGCAUGUGCUGUUGUUUCACCAUUGCUGUGGCAAUAUACUGUUUGCAAAGAAAGUUAGUUGUUUAAUUUUAGUUCUUUAGUCAUUUAGUUCUUUAGUGUUUUUUUUACAAUUAUAUUAAAUGCGUUCAACAUGUUUCUUUCAGGGUAAUUUUGACAGUUACAUUAAGACAAGGGCAGAACUUGAAGAAAAUCAAAUGAAACAAUAUAAUUGGGAACAAGAUCAAAUAAAACAUAUGAAGGUGGGAAUAAUUAUUGAAUUGCAUAUUUGUAAGGAUAUUUCAUUUUGAGAACCACUGUCCUCUUUCCUACCCAUGCAAGCGAAGAAACUAUAUAGUACCUAGUAUCCUUUUAUACUAGAGCAAGCGCCUAGAGCUGAGUUUGUGGGUUUGAUUCUUGCUACGGACUCAUGUGAAAAGAGUCAGUCCACACUCUGACGAAAGUCGUGGGUUUUCUCCGGGUACUCUGGAUUUUCUCCAGUCUAGUUAUUCAUACAUGUACCAGUCCUUUCUUCGCUGAAUAGUGUACAUUUCCCAUAUCCAUGGAAGCAUGACUCUUCUGGUUUUUAUUGUUCUAUUUCUCUUUUCAAGAGCAUGGCAUUUUAAGUUUUAAUUUGAUUUUGUUUAGGAAUACAUUGCCAGGUUUGGUCACGGCAGUGCUAAACUAGCAAGACAAGCUCAAAGUAAGGAGAAAGUGUUAGCUAAGAUGGUUGCAGGAGGGCUAACAGAAAAGGUUAAGAGAGACAAGGUGAGAACUGUUGUUGCCAUUUGUCCCAUCUAUUGUAUACUAGAGACAAAUCAAUCUUCAAGACCCAGAAGGACAGCGUUCUUAGUUAAUAUGUAGUACAGAACAGUAUAAACACAAAACAAUUAUCCAGACAAAGUAUGGGACCACGGGUAACUAGAAAACAGCGCAAUCCAUACUGAAGUCGUGUUCAGAUACAGGCCUAGGCCUGGGUUUUGCUUCAUUUGGUAUCUUACGCUGGUUGGCUUACCGAAUAGUCGACCAAUCAGUGGAGGAAAAACCUGGCCAAGGCCAGGCUUAGAAUUUUAGUUACACGGCUUGGGGAGGAUUGUAUGAAAAUCCAUGUCAUUUCAUAGAAAUCUUCUAGUUAUUAUAAUUCUGAUUGAUGCGUUAUACACUAAGCAAACGGUCGAAUUAUAAGACGGACUACCUGUAUCUACUUUGAUUAAGUUCGUCCAUACAGAUCAUAAUCUGUCUUUUGAUGUUGCCUUUUGGAAAGACUGUUAGGUAGUGAAAUGUACUGUAUAAAUAGUAAUAGAAAAUGAAGGAAGCAAAAUGGUGUGACAAAAUGGAAGUAAUGUAUUGUACAAUAUUUUAGGUGAUUGCGUUCAGUUUUCCAAGUUGUGAAAAACUUCAUCCUCCAGUUAUUCAAGUGCAACAUGUCUCGUUUAAAUACUUGGAAGAUAAGGUAUGGUAAAGUCAUACAUGUACAGUAUGUAUACUGUAAAAUGAGUUUCCCAUGGUGCAGCAGAUGGUGGUGAACCAACAGUUAUCUGAGUGAGAAAAUACCGUUGCUUCUUUUCAUUAUAUGUAUCUACGUAGGCAGUUGAAAUCAAAUAACAAACAGGAAAAUUUACUUUAAUUUACUUGCUGCUAUAAGUGUCAGCAUUUCAGAAGUCGGCCACCAUCUACUUCCCCGUAAUGUUUAACUCGCCAUUUAUCCUUUCGUACGCCAUGCGACCAGGCCUUGUCCGCCAUUUUUUGGUGGCAAGCUGCGCAGAAAAAGAGGAUGAACAACAGAACAACACGGAAAGGGGUGAUUUAGUGCAACAUAUACAGUUGAACCUGUAUUGAACGGCCACCCUCUGGGAUCACCCUUAAUAGAGGUGACUGCUUAGUAGAGGUACAGCAAGAUUCGUGUUAUUAAAUUUCAUUUUAUUAAAAGAACAAAAAUGAGCAACGAGCAUGGUUUGGAAGUUCCUUGCGAAUGUCGGUACAGUACACUGCAAGCGAGAGGCGUAUUUUCAAUCAGUUGGUAGAAGUCCAAUGUAUAAUGUGUAGGCAAAAGGGAUAUGAAGUGAAAUAAAAACUUGUGUUGUCGUUCUACUCCACAUGCUAAGACAAUGGCAACAUGCAAUAAAGAAAUGUCAUAUAGGCAGGUAAUUUAGUGUUGGUUCACGGUCGCAUUGCGCAAGAAAGGUUAAUUGCCAAUUUUUAUGGUUGUGUCUGUGCAAGUGACGUCACUGAGUAAACGCUCAACCAACUUUUACUUUUUUCGUAUAGCCGUAUUUAUAUAAAGAUGUAGAUUUUGGUAUUGAUCUGGACACAAGGUUAGCCUUGGUUGGACCAAAUGGUGCGGGUAAAAGUACAUUACUAAAACUUCUUGAUGGUUCACUCACACCAACUGAUGGUCUAAUACGUAGACAUAAUCAUCUCAAGAUAGGACGUUAUCAUCAGGUAUUGUAUACAGUAGUUGUUUUAUUUCACACUGCAUGUUCAGGUAUUGUGAGCUACAGUAUGGCAGAUACUGUAUACUAGUAUGAUGUGAUGUGUGUAAUACCAAUGCUCCAUAAGCCUCUCCAUGACCAAUACUCCAUAGGUCUGUGACCAAUACUCCAUAUAAGUUUCUGACUUCUUAUUGGACUCCCUUUCCAUCUCUAUCUUAUAUUAUCUUAUUUCGGUGGCGCAGUUAUCUGAGCAAGCGCCUUUCACAUCUGAGUUUGUGGGUUCGAUUCUCGCUACGGACUGAUGAUGUGAAAAGAGUCAUUCAACGCUCUGCCGAAAGUCGUGGGUUUUCUCCGGGUGCUCCGAUUUCCUCCCAUUCUCGUAUCCAGAGCCCUUCUUACGCGCGUUCGACCGAGCGCGACGAGGGGCUCUGGCCAAAUCCAUAACCGGAUACCAUAAAAACAUGGUAAGAAAACAAUAUCCGGUGUUAGAACUAGCCAAUCAGAUGCCAGUUCGGAUAUGGAUUUGGCCAGAGCCCCUCGUCGCACCGCGCGUAAGAAGGGCUCUGGGUACGAGAAUGGUUUCCUCCCACAGGGACAGUUGACAGGGUGGGUUAGGAUAAACACAGUUAAGACAGUAUUGUUGUCACAAUUGUUGUUUUAAGAUAAAUAGUCUAUGCUAAGUAAGUAACACAAGUACUGUAUGUACUGUAAGCGUAAAAGCCCCAAAGGGGAGUGAGCUGAAUAAUAAUGUAAUGUAAUUAUAUUAUCUUGUAUUGCUUUUGACUGUGUUGUGGUGUGGAGUGGUGUACUGUAUGUUAUGGUGUUGUGUGGUAUGGAUGGUAUAUAGUGUGGCUUUGAUACGAUAUGGUGUGCUGAGUAUAAUUUGAAACCAUCUGAUAGGAUGCGGGAGUUGCUGCAUUACAUUGUAUUUACUUUCGGCACGUCUUUUGCUAUAAUAAGUUCCCUGUUAACGUUCAAGUGCCUUUAGAACUGGGACAUUAUGUGCACACCGUACAAUAUGAAUUAUGAAUAGACAAUAAUGUGAAACGUUGUGUUCCACAGCAUCUACAAGAUAUGCUUGAUUUGGAAAUGUCUGCUGUCGCUUGGAUGAUGCAAUGUUUCCCCGAGGUGAAGGAAAUUGAUGAUAUGAGAAAGUCUAUUGGCAGAUAUGGUUUAAGUGGUAAACAACAGGCAAGUCAGAUUCUUCGUGUGUAUUGUUGGUAUGCCUCAUUAUUACUGCAUACCAGUGUUUCUAAAUUCUAAAACUGAAUUCAGAAUUAUAGACUAUUAAACCGAAUCUCUUUUCAAAAGAACAAAAAGCUAAGUGGAAAAAGCUGCGUACCGUGGCUAUCAUUUUCCCACCAGUUCUGCAUAAGCAUUAAGCACCUUAGAUAUUUGUAGAAAAACGUAACUACCUGCCUAGACUACCUAGACAGGUAACUAUCUACUAAAAGAAUAUUUCGACGAUUAUUGUUCAAUAUGAUACUGUAGAUGUGUCCAAUGAAGAACUUGUCGGAUGGUCAACGUUGUCGUGUCGUCUUUGCAUGGUUGGCAUCUCAAGGACCUCAUCUUUUGUUACUGGACGAACCUACUAAUCACUUGGAUAUUGAAACUAUUGAUGCCCUAGCUGAUGCACUCAAUGAUUUUGAUGGGGGGAUGUUGUUGGUUAGCCACGAUUUCAGACUCAUAAGUCAGGUACGUUGGUUAACCAUGAUUUCAUACUCAUAAUUGAGUCAGUCAUUUUAAUAUGUUGGGUAACCAUGAUCUUGGACUCAUAAAUCUGUUGUCUUGGUUAACCAUUUAUGUUGGUUAGCCAUGAUCUCAAACUCGUAAGUCAGUUAUGUUGGUUAGCCAUGUUCUCGUGCAAUCAGGCUCAUAAGAGCGAAUUUAAGAGCGGAAAUUUGGCUUGUGCGUAUAAGCUACAGUACUGUAACUAAAUUUGCGUCAUAAACUAAUGUGUCAUAUAUGUUUCUCCACAGGUCGCCAAAGAAAUAUGGGUAUGUGAAAAUCAAGCUGUUACAAAAUGGGACGGCGAUAUCAUUUCAUAUAAACGGACUCUAAAGAAAAAAGUACAAAAAUAUGUUGUCGAAUAAAUAAACUUUUAAUAUUAAAUACUCUGUCAGUAACUGUAAGGCACCCAGUGUACAACUCUAUACAUAGGUCAAGAUAUUUUGUUGUAUAAAUAUAUUGCUGUAAAUUAUUUUGUACAGUAAGAAUUUAUCAAUUUGCUAAACUAUUUUGAACACUAUAAGUAAUAACGAAUAAACUAAAAUAUAUACAAUUUAAAAAUUGGCAUAUUUUGCGAAGGAAUUUUAAUAUGAGUGCAUACUAUAUUUAUAUAAUCGAGAUAUCUUUUAGAACUUCCUUUUCUUUAAAUAAUUCCUUUUCAGAGUCACACAGAAAGACUUUCCUAACCUUAUAUUGCUAACGAGUACAAUAAAAUUAAACUUUCUUUGACCGCCAUAUACGACCAC